CCUCAGCGCGCCGGCGGAGCAGAGGUGGGUAUAUAAGACUCUCGAGCUGUCUGUUUUCUCUCUCAGCUCAGAUCCCCAGCUCUUGCCUGUUGGUCUUUCUUCUUCUCCAGCUUCUUCCUCAUCCUCGUCCUGUUUCCUUGCCAAAAUGAUUAGAUUGAACACCGCAGCUUCAAUUAAAAGAUCUUUAGUCACCAUCAAGCCCUUCUCUUCCUUCAGAAUGCAAUCCACACUCUCAAAGUUCCCUUACCCAGACCAGGCUCAAGAGAAGGAUUAUUUUGCUGCUGAGGUCGACAGAAUCCAAAAGAGAUUCAACUCUCCUCGUUACAAGGACAUCAAGAGACCUUACACUGCCAAAGAUGUUGCUCUCCACAGAGGAACCCUCCCAAACAGCUAUCCCUCCUCGAUUCAGGCUGAUAAACUAUUCAAUUUGUUGACCCAAAGAAAAUCGGAAAAAAAGCCAGUCCACACAAUUGGCUCGGUUGAUCCUGUUCAAAUGUCUCAAUCUGCUUUAAAUCAAGAAAUUGUCUACAUCUCAGGUUGGGCCUGUUCCUCUUUAUUGACCACCACCAACGAGGUUUCCCCAGAUUUUGGUGACUACCCUUACGACACCGUUCCAAACCAAGUCGACCGUUUAUUCAGAGCCCAAUUGUUGCACGACAAAAAGUCCUUUCAAGAAUACGCCAAAAAUGGCUUCGAGGGCAAGAGAAUCGACUACUUGAGACCAAUCAUUGCCGACGGUGAUACUGGUCAUGGUGGUCUAAGUGCUGUCAUGAAAUUGGCCAAACUAUUCGCUGAAAAAGGUGCUGCCGCUAUCCAUUUGGAAGAUCAACUCCAUGGUGGUAAAAAAUGUGGUCACUUGGCUGGAAAAGUCAUUGUCCCAACUUCAACUCACAUCAGCAGAUUAAUUGCAACAAGAAUGCAAUGGGAUCUUAUGGACUCAAACAACCUUUUGAUUGCUAGAACUGAUUCAGAAUCUGGUACUUUGUUAUCUUCCUCAAUUGAUCCUGCCGACCACGAAUUCAUUCUUGGUAUCACUGAACCAACUAAACCUUUAGCCCAAAUCUUGAGUGAAGCUGAAGCCAAAGGGGAAUCCUCUGCUGUCAUUAACGACUUGGAAUCAGACUGGUACAGCUCUGCUAAAUUGCUCACUUUCAACGAAGCCGUUGAAGCAAAAUUAAAUCAAUUGGGUAAAAGCUCUCUCUACUCAGAAUAUCUCUCCAAGGCUCAAGGUAAGGCCAUCUUUGACCAAAAGCAAAUCAUCAAAGAAUUAAUUAACGAAGAAGUCUUCUUCGACUGGGAUGCUCCAAGAACUAAAGAAGGUCAUUACCAAGUUCAAGCCGGUAUCAAACCCGCUGUCAAGAGAGCUCUAGCUUUCGCUCCUUACGCUGAAUUAUUAUGGUUAGAAACAAAGACCCCUGACUUGAAAUAUGCCUCCGAAUUUGCUAAACAAAUCUUAGAUAAAUACCCAAACAAAUUCUUAGUCUAUAACUUGUCUCCUUCCUUCAACUGGUUAUCCCAAGGUUUCACCGAAAAUGACUUGAAAGAUUUUGUAUUUGAAUUAGCCAAGGUUGGUUUCACUCUACAGUUAGUCUCAUUAGCAGGUUUACAUACCAAUGCCUUAGCAACAUGGCAAUUAUCAAAUGCCUUCAAGACCCAAGGUAUGAAGGCCUACGUCGACUUGGUCCAAUCAAAGGAAAAAGAAACAAAGUGUGAUGUUUUCACUCAUCAAAAAUGGUCUGGUAACAGUUAUAUGGACAGCUUAAUAAGCUCUGUUCAAAGUGGUUCUUCUCAAACUUCUUCAACUGGUAAAGACUCAACUGAACACAGUUUCUAAUUGGCUACUCAAAUAAAAAGUAUUUAGUUAUAUAUAUAUAUAUAUUUAUUUAUUUAUUUAUUUAUAAAAAAAAAAGAACUUUAUGAUUUAUGUUGCAUUAAAUAUCUUUAUUUUUUCUGGUUUUAUAUACAUUUCUUCCUUCAAAACUUAAUAAAC